CUAAGAUCCACGUGGUGCCGUAAUGGAGUCGGAGGCAGCGGUCCUAAAUGAUUUGAAAGCCGAGUUUAUAUCGCUCACGCAUCGUGUACCUAAAAACUGCAUAUCUGAAUUUACUAAAGUUGUUAAGGAAUGGCUAGAAAAUGUAGAUGCUAUAGGCAACAACAAUGAUGUUUUCUUAAAGGCUAUUAGUGAAGAUAUCCGAAAUUAUGAAGGGUUACCAGCAGAUGCUGUCAUGGAUACGGAAAAAGUUUCCCAUCCAGAUAUUGGCCAGUUUUCCGGUAAAGACCCAUCCACUGUUGUCCAUGUUGAUAAAUUUCUUUAUGAUGACGAUGCUGUUGACCAACUCUGUGAAGAUGGCCGCCUCUCAAGGAACUACUGUCUAGAUUGCCAAUCUCACCGAACCGAACCAUUAACCUUUAUCUCUCACUCAGCAUCCAUAGUUCAGCUAAAGUACAUAUUCAACGAUGUUCUUCCAGACCUCACCGGAAAAGUACUUGUUGAUAUUGGCUCUCGUCUCGGACCAAUACUUUAUGGAGGCUACUAUUACAGCAAUUCGACUAAAAUUGUGGGAAUCGAAGUGAAUGGUGAUCUCUGUAGAUUACAAAACUACGUCAUAGAGAAAUAUCAGAUGGCUGAACGAGUAAAGAUUGUGUGUGCGAAUGUUAUGGACCAAGAAGAAACUUUGUCGGAAGCCGACGUUGUGGUUAUGCAUAAUGUGUUUAAAUUUUUUGCAAGUAAAGAACAACAAGUCAAAAUUUGGGAAUUUUUAUCUAAGUCUAUAAGGAAAAAAGGAGGCAUGGUUGUUACCAUUCCAAGCAUUGAAGAAAUGACAGACUAUUUAAAGAUGGAUAUCGAUAUGUCUUCUUGGGUGGACGAAGUACCCCUGGUACAUGAUCACACCUAUCUUGAUCCGGAUGAUAUUGAUGAUCUUGCUCGCGUACAUCUAUACCGCGUCGUCUAAAUCCUGUGCAAGUUGAUAUUGAAUGUGACGAGAUAACGAUGGAAACUGAAUGUACAGUAAUAUGGCUGCUCUCUGCUGAAGCCAUGAAAAGGAAUCCAGUGAAUGACAUCUUCUGUUAAGCUUAGUUCGCAGCAAUUUAGACGUACGCAAUCGUACAGCAAAUAAAUACGUUCUGCUUUUGGGUGCUUGCCACGUAACGUCCCCGCCUCAUGCAUUGAACUUUUUCGUAAAAGGAAGAUGAGACAAUACUCGAGCACUAGCUAAAUUCUGUGUCAAACCACUUACGGUUGCUUCUGAUGCCUGCUAGUGUGAACAAACUUCAACAUAACUCAUAGGCCUACAUGUGUAUCGAGGACGAUUCGUAAUUUCUUGUAGACCUACCGUGAAAGCUUUGAAAAGUACCAAAUAAUAAAUAUCUACGGCAUGUUGAGUCCAAAAGACGUUUUGUUGUUGUUAUGUAAUUAUAAUAAUAAUAAUAAUAAUAAUAAUAAUAAUAAUAAUAAUAAUAAUAAUAAUAAUAAUAAUAAUAAUAAAUAAUAAUAAAUAAUAUAUUUAUACAGGAUUUCACAGUCAAGUAUUAACCUGUUUUUCUCUGUGGUGGUCCUGUCACAGAAAAGUAUAAUACAAUAGGAUACAGGAAAAUACAUAAGACUUAUACCUAGAUUUAAAUGAUUUAUUGAGAACGAGUGUUUAAUAUCAGCUGGUAGUUUGUUCCAGACUUUAGCGCUAGCUACCCUUGAAAGAAGAAUUAAUUUUACUUAAUGUAUAUUUGGGCACAACGACAUUAAAAUGCUCUACACCGCAUUAUGUUAUGCAACUAGAUUGCGCAUUAAUUAGAAUGACAAGUAAUUCCUGAUGAUGAUCUAAUAACAAAUCGAAAUAUUGAAUCACAAUGACGAGUCUUACAUUAUUUUGAGUAUGGUUUAUAAUAAGCAGAGCUGUUAGAGGAAGUACUAUUAAGGAGCGUUACUGUCUGAUAUAGGCAACAGAAUACCUAGAUAUGUUGCAUAAAGCAAAAACAUUAGGGGUUGGAGCCAAUGUUUGUGGUUUGCGCUAACCCUUAAGGUUUAUCCUGUGUCUCAACGUUUUCAUUGGAUCUGAACGUUUUUCACCGGCCCCUGAUGUUUGUCAUAGGUUUCAAAGUUUUUUUCUCUCUUUUGUGGGUGCACCCACCUUUAUUCAUUUUCACUUUUUACAUUUUCAUAUGAUAUACAGUACAAGAAUAAAAUUAUUCAAAAAUAAAAGGCCAUGUACACUCUAUCAGAAAAAAGCAAAUCACAUUUAGGUAUUCUUCGUUGUUGAACUAUUUUGCCCUUUAUUUUGUUUUCAUUCUAAUAAACCUUGUUGAACUAAAAUGUAAUAAAGUUUUUAGUUCGGCCAAAAAAA